AUGCUCAGAAAUAAUCUAUAUUGCUUUUUCCUUUCGUAUUUAAAAUUUCUCUGUGUAGUAAACGUCAUACAAUUUUUGGCACCAAUACCAAUUGUUGAUACUGGAUGGAUGUUGACUUCUGAUAUUUCGUCUUUUAAAAAAUUUCUCUCUGAUUAUCGCUUUCCAAUUUGUUCAAUUUAUGAAGAGGGGGAAUUAGAUGCAACAAGCAAUGAUACAAGACCUGUAAUGGGGAGUCUGAGCAGCGAAGCGAUUCAGUCAACGGAAAGUGCAGCAAAGAAUAUUGUAAAAUAUGGAUCUACAGUCUUUUUGGAGAAUACAGAAGUAAGAAGCAAUGCUACUUCAUCUGCACAAGAAGUUGAUUUAGCUGUUCCUUUUCCUAAUGAACAGCCUCCAAUUGUCACAUUUGAUGAAUGGACCAAGGAAAAAUUAAAAAAAGAAGAAAUUAGAAAAGCUGAACAACAACAGAAUCAGCAACAUAAGACGAUUGUACACUCGGAUGCUGGUGAAACUUCGAAAAUGGAUUCUAGUGCACUUCCUGAAAUAGUAGAAGGUGCGGCGCGACUUGCGCCACCAAAUAUGAUUUCUCAGGAAGCUACAGCGAGGAACUACGCUUCAAAAGAAUGUGGUGCUAAAGUUCUAUUCAGCAAUGAUGAAGCCGAGAAUAAGAAUGCCAUAUUGAAUGAGAAGGAAGCAGAUGAUUACAUGCGUAAUCCUUGUGAACGUGCAGAGCAUAAAUGGCUUGUUAUUGAACUUUGUGAAACCAUACAGCCAACUGUUUUGGAAGUAGCAAAUUUUGAGUUAUUCUCAUCGGGGCCGCAAAAUAUAAGAAUUUUGGGCAGUGAACGUUAUCCUUCAAAUGAAUGGAUGGCAUUGGGUGAUUUUAUUGUCGAGAACAGUCGGGAAAUACAGCGGUUCCCAAUUGUGGCGCGUUCAUACGUCAAGUUUUUACGGUUGGAAUUAUUGUCACACUAUGGUCGCGAGCAUUACUGUACGCUUAGUUUGGUAAGACUUCUUGGGAUUUCAAUGGUUGAUGAAUAUGAAGCGGAAGCUGAAGCCGCUGCAGUUUCAGACACAUCGUUUUCUAUCCCCAUUAAAGAGGAACCAGUAAACAGUUCAACAAUGGAGAACGUGGAUGCUGGUAUCGUUGUCCCAACUAGCACCCCAAAAGAUGUUUUAUUUGCGGUUGAGACAAAAAAUGAAAGUGUUAACGACUUGCCAUUUGUUGAUGCUGUGGUGAACGCAGUUGGUAGCAUAGGAAUUGGUAAUAUCAAAGAUGUCUUCGAAUCGGCUUUUCUAUCGAAACGUACUGGAGCUUCAACACACAAUAUUACCAGAAGCAAUGCAACAGUGGUAGAACUGUGCACGAAAUGUUCCCUUGACGGUGUCGACAGUUAUGCAUUAUUUUGUCGAACGUUUUUCGGAUUUCAAUAUAGUUCUGUUGAUGCUGGCAGUGCUAAUGCAGCAAAAAAUAAGCAGGUUCAUAUUCAUCAUUCUUUCAAAAAUCAGAAGAAAAAUCGGACCGGAGUUCUGGAAUUUUUCCUCUCUUCUGUUUUACCAAUUUAUGUCUGUGAUCUGGAAUCAGGAAAUUUUGAAACCGUGCAGAACUCUACUUCAUAUAAUGAAACAGGAUCUGAUGGAAUUUCGACAAUAUCUUCUACUAUAAAUUCACCAACGACUUCAAAUUUGUUAAAUAGAAAGUUAGGCGGAGGAUUUAUGAUCCCUGGGGGAGUUAUAAGCCAUAAAGAAUCGAUAUUCCUGAAACUGAAUAAGCGGAUUAGUAGUUUGGAAUUGAAUAUGUCUCUCAGCAGUGAAUAUUUAUCGGAACUGAGCCGACGUUAUGUUUUGCAAACUAAUGAAAGUCGACGACAGGCUGAAUUAAUCAUCAAACAAGCGGAAGAAGCAGCUAUUAAUGCUAUCAAACCUUCAAUUAAUGCUUUGAAAAUUCAGAUGGAUGCUCUUGCAGUCAGCUUGAGAGAACUCACUGAAAUAGUAAAAGCUUUACCACAGGAGGUCACACCAACGCAUCACUCCGUGAUAUUGAAGCAUGCUGGAAGUAGAGGCAGUGAUGCGGAUGUAUCAUUGGCUCGUCCUCAAGCACAUUCUCAUGGUUAUUUCGGCCUAUGGACGAGUGGCGAACUGGUUUGUAUCGUUAUUUUUAUGAAUGUUCUAACGCUAUUAAUCUUAUUGUUGUUGCACUAUGUCUUUACUGUUAUGAACCGUAGUGCUGCUGGACAAGUAGUGGAUGAGCGACUUCAGAAAUUGAUUCAGGAAAAUUGCGAUAUCCAGUCUGGUGAAACGUACUCUGAACAUCCUAAGCAACAGCUGACAGCAGAAGUCUCAACCGUAGUUUGUGACGUGGUUGACGAUACUCAAGCAGACAAUAUGUGUAAUUCUCCGUUGACACCACCUAGUGAGACUUGUUUGUUAAUAGAAAGCAAAGCAGAAGAAAAUCGUCCUAAUAGGCCGCAUUCAAUGGAAUUGGUCGACCGACCUCCAUCUCAGCUUUCAACAUGUAGUGAACAGAAUCCAUGGCAGACAAAGAAGCGGAAAAAUAAAAGAGGAAAUAGAGAGAAAAUUAGGAGUCAAAAUUUAGACGAACCAUUAUAUGGUUUCGGAAUUCUGGCACAUCUAGGGACUGAAUAA